UUGAUCGCCCAUCAAGCGCGAUCUCCAACCCCGCACCUCAUUUUGGACCUGUUUAAUUCUUGGUUUUUUUCUAAACACACCGCCUCUUGGGUGUCGGUUUAAUUACCACGACGCUUUCUUCUUUGGGCGACGACCAUCGAACACCGUUUCUUCCUCUUCAUCUCCUCGUCUCUCUCUCUCUCUCUUCCUCCUCUUCCUCCUCCUCUUCUUCCUCUCUUCAUCAUAUUCACAUUCUCCCAUCAUGGCAAGAUAUUCUCAACCGUCAUCAUUUGACUUCUAUCAACAAUCUCCUACCACCUUGGAUGCCAAACCUGCAUUUUCCGAAGAGGAUGAGAUGAGUGUAUUAGAUGAUAAGAUCCUGGAUUCUACUUCGCCCGACAUGUCUUCUUCUUCCACUGCCGACCACCGCAGACCCUCCUAUGAUCAUGCACCCGAUGCAUACACGCAUCGAGAUUCCGUCUGGUCCGACUUCUCCCACUCCGUCUCCAGCAAUCAGUCCCGCCACAACUCCCAAGUGGGCCAUCCGUUCUUUGAAUCCGCUCCCCACCCUUUCAUGCGCGUCGACGGCGCUCAUCCGUCCGCAGCAUACGCGCACCAGCCCUCGUGGUCCUUGUCCAAGGACUCGGGCGCCUGCACUCCCACUGCCAUGUACGAGCAGUUCCCUUCCGAGCUGGACCACAGCGCCUCGGCUCCCUUCGCGGGCGGUGCCGUCGGCCCUGUCAACACCAUCAACAUCCCCUCCAUGUCUUACCGCCCCGGCAUGGCCUUUGCGCACCCGGCCGCCGUUGCCAUGUCGCCGCAGUCGAGUCAGGGCUGGAUGCCUGCUGCCACCGACAUGGCCGAGGCUGUGGCCCGCCCGACCAAGAGUCCCACCUACCGCAACAGCUCCCCGUUGAGCAUGCGCCGGGACGGCAUCCGCAAGAAGAAUGCCCGCUUUGAGAUCCCUGCCGAACGCACGCUGAGCAAUAUCGACCAGCUCAUCAGCCAGUCUACCAAUGAGGACGAGAUCAAGGAGCUGAAGCAGCAGAAGCGCCUACUGCGAAACCGUCAGGCUGCAUUGGACUCCCGCCAGCGCAAGAAGCUCCACACCGAGAAGCUGGAAGAGGAGAAGAAGCAGUUCACGCAGAUCAUCAGCGACCUCGAGGAGGAGCUGCAGAACAUGCGCCUGCGCGAGGCAGAGCUCCUUCGCGAGAAGAGCGAAUGGAUGGCUGCCCAGCAGGAGAUCACCCAGUACAUCAACACCAUGCACAUGGAGAAGGACGAGCUGAUCCGCGUGCAUACCCUCGAGACGGCCGACCUCCGCAAGAAGAACAACAUUCUCAAGGAGACCGUGGAGAAACUCGAGCGUCCCGCCCGGAUCUCCGCCCCCUCGAAUCUGCCCUCCGAAUUCUCCGACUUUGAGAACUUGACCAUGGACAGCAGCCCGUGGGAGGACUUCACCAUGGUCAACAGCCUCUCUUUGGACGCCGAGGCCGUUGCCGCGCCCUCGGCCCAAUCGAGUGCGAUGGUUGUCGCCUCGCACGAGAAGGACAAGGCGGGCCACGGCGACCACCCGUUCAGCUGGAAUGCAUUCUACAUGUGCCUGCUCUUUGGUGCAUUCAUCGCCUCGAACGGCUCCUCGCUGUCGCCUCGCUCCAUGCCCCAGCUCUCGGAGGAGUACCGCGCGGAAUCAGCCAACGUGCUGAAGGCCGUGCUGUCGUCAUCUCCUCCCGAGCUCGCCCAGCCCAUGGGUCAGGCGCCUGUCGCCUCCUCGGCUGGUGCCGUCAUGCCUAGCACGAUCAGUAGCGCCCAAUUGGCCCAGAUGACGGGCAAUGCGGCGUCCAACCUUGACGAGCUCCACCACACGCUCGUCAUGCCCACCAAGCAGCAGGAGCAAGAGCAGGCCUUCGCUCUCAAUGCGGAUCAAUACAACUCUUUGACUACGUUCGAUGACGCUGGUGUGGACUACAAGCAGCAGCCGUCGAACCUCCAGCAAGCGCUGGCGGCCAUGCGAGGUAGCGUCUAUGGCAAGCUGUCGGCCAAGGCCACCUCGGAUGUCUACUCGCGGUCUCUGCUGUGGGACCGGGUGCCUGAAAAGGUGAUCCGGGACUUCCGUCGCAUGGUCCAAGAAUGCGGCGUCUCUCCGGUCAAGGAAGAAGACGCCAGUUUUGGCCACUAGUAAAUACCUAGGUCGGUCGGUGGUGAGACUCACCUAUUGACCUCUCCUCCAUUCCUCCUUCCUUCUGCCUGCGUUGCUUUUCUGCGUCCACAGACACCGCGGCCUGACCCAGUUCUGUUGCCUCUCUCCUUUCGCCCGAGUCUUCUGGAAGACCGACCCUUCUUUGCACUUCAGCACCCGAGAUUGUGCUUUUUUUAACGACCCUACGACUACAUGGCCAACAUAAGCCA